AACGGGAACGCGCGGCGCGCCUCCGAGAGCUGCGCGGACACUGGGACCGGGCUGCCAAUCAGCGGAGCCGCAUGUUUUGAUUCCUCGAAGUUACCGUCAGUGGACUGGCUUUAACAACAUGUCCGCUGCGACGCCGCCUUUCAGCGACCCGUGUGUUUUGCGUCGACGUGAGUUCGAACAGCUGCCGUCAGAGGACCGGAGAGGAGGGGGGCACGCUCCUCAACCUGGACCCGGUGCGGGGCGGACAGCGCCGCACCAGCAGCGACACCGGGUGGAUGGCAGCCAGACCCCAGCCCGACCCCCCACCGACCCCCUCGCCGGGUGGCCCCACCUGGACGACCCCACGACCAGAGAGCCCCUGCUGGAUGACUGCGAGCGGAUGGGGACUCUGUUCGGCAUGCUCAACAAGUGUCUGCGGCGGGUGGGCUUCAGCCAGAUGUACUUUGGGGACAAGAUCGUGGAGCCGGUGGUGAUUGUGUUCUUCUGGCUGCUGCUCUGGUUCCUGGGCAUCCAGGCGCUGGGGCUGGUGGGAACUCUGUGCAUCAUCAUCAUCUACAUCCAGAAGUAACGAGUGCUGCUCAAAAGGUUGUGAACCCUACAGCGAUGGUAAGAUUUUUUGUAAUAAAUACUAAAAUAACUCAUUUGAUGUUCAGUUAUACCCCAAUUCACAAUACUGACAUUCCAAAUAAUGGACUCAAACUCAAUCAGUUAAUAGGAUAUUGCAACUCCUAACCGAACGGUUUCUGUAUGACUCAUUGGUCUUUCACAUCUACUUUGGAGGAUAUUUGCCAUUAUCAAUGUUCGUGUGUCUCUUGCUGAUAUUCUAGAAGGUCGUCCACUUCUGGGCAGAGUUGUUUUUUUUGUUGGAACGAUGAAGCUCAAUUUUUUUUUAUUUAUUUUUUUUUUUUUUUGAUGACUACAUAGCUCCCCCAGACAAAUGUGCUGUCACUACCCUCUUCCUGAGGUCCUCUGAGAUCUCGCUUCCACUCUGCAUGAUUAACCUGUAUGUGUUCACCUGGGUAAGACUAAAGUGACCUGGUUUUAUCUCUGUUUCAAUCAGUGAUGCACAUUUUCGUCCCUAAAAAUCUCUGAUGUUAUGGGUCCAUUUCAGUGGUUUAUUUAGCCACCAAUUUGUCCCACCUGAUUCUACUUAACUGCUUGUUUUAACCAAUGUAGCUCAGGGUUCACUAACUUUAGCACCUACAUAAGUUGACCAAAAACUCUUUUAAAUUUAGUCUUAACCACACAAUUGAUUUUUUUUUUUUUGAGUAUAUUGAAUUGAUAAACCUGUACCUGUUCUUUCAUAUAUAAAUAUUGGUUUUGAUUAAAUAAGGAAAUCAGGGUGAAACAAUAGAACUCCAAAAUGCUCAAGAGGUUUGCAAACUUUUGAGCAGCACUGUAUAUUUAGAAAUGAUUCAUUAAAGGUCCUGUGUGUAGAAUUCAGUGGCAUCUAGUGGUGCAUUUGCAGAUUGCAACCGACUGAAAUGCCCUUCACCUCAACCUCUCGUUUCAAGCAUGAAGGAGAAACUACAGUGCCAGUGAAACUCGUAAAAAAAAACACCCUAACGGUAGAAUCAGUAUUCUGGGCUGCUGUAGAAACAUAGUGAGUCAACCAAUGACACAAUAAAGCCCUAAUAUAAUGUGAACAGGUGAGUUCUAUAAAAAGUCACCCUCAGUACAGUUGUCAUGAACGGGGAAAUCCGCUAUAGAGACUAAAAGUGUUUUUUGUACCAGGCUGUAAACAUGUUUAUUUCUGCUGUGAAGUUGGACAUUUGAACAUGGGGACUUAUGAAGGGUGAAAUGUUCUGUAGCCAGCUGGACAUUUGACAGUGGACUUUGAGGAAUUACAGUUUUUGGAACUUCUGCAUUUGCUUCAUUUCCCAGCCAUGGAGGUUUUCUCUUGCUGACACCACACAGCCAAACUAAAUAUUUAUAGGGAACGUGACCAUUAUUGGCAAUGACCCCUUCAACAGAUUCAGUGUGAAUGUGAAAUUUGUGCAAAUACUAAACACUAGACAUCUGGUAAACUUUAAUGGUUCAUUAGUCAGUGAGCCUGAUUUUUUCAUGUUGUUAGCCAAAGCACAUGGCCUUGUGUCAUUGUACACAGACCAACAAAAGAUGAUGGAAGUUUCUUCACCCUUGUUCCUGAUUGUCCCUUUGAUGGUCUUAGCUUUGGUGUUAAAUGUGAGUGAAGUUGCCUAAACUAGCCUUUAUAACUGAUAUUUGUAUAAUAACGUAUCAAAGGACUGUGUGACAAUGUGAAAGGCGUCGCUCAUGAUAAUCAACCUAUCCUCUCAGCUUUAGGAAGAGGGUUGUUUCCUUCUGUCUCAACCUCAAUCAGAACAAAUGAAGCAUUGUAGUGAAUCACCACAGGGUGGUGGUGAGGUGUGGGAUGGGGUGUUUAUUCGUGAUGAAUGUAACCGCUAUGAAACAAUCACAAAGUAACUUCUUAUUUAUCUGAUUCACCACUUUUCUUGCCAUCUGCGCUCCCUCACUCUCAUUCACUGUCUGUCGCUCAACCCCACUACACUCUCAAACUAGCGAACACAACCCUGAUACAUGAAAUACACCAAGAGGUCAAAACGGAUUCGCCACCGCAAUGUGACACCAGGUUGUGUUUCUCUCAAAAUUACAUCUGGCUCAAGGUUGUCGCUUGGAGUGAACACGGUGGACCUGAAGUGUAUAAUCACCAUUUAUGCCAGUAGAUCUCCAU